UGGCCGCCGGUCGUGGAGAGGGCGACGCGCUCGGGUCCGCAGCCUCUCCUUUCCGCGUCCUCUGACCUUGCCGCUGGUCCAGCGGGCGGGUCUCGCCGAGCUGAGGACUGAGGACGUCGUCUGCGGCCAGAGUGGAGGUAAAAUAAAGGUAGCGACAGCUUUCUGCAAAAAUGUCAGUUCUGAUUUCACAGAGUGUAAUAAAUUAUGUGGAAGAGGGAAACAUUCCUGCUCUGAAAGCUCUUCUUGAAAAAUGCAAAGAUGUAGACGAGAGAAAUGAGUGUGGCCAGACUCCACUGAUGAUAGCUGCUGAACAAGGCAAUCUGGAAAUAGUGAAAGAAUUGAUUAAGAAUGGAGCUAACUGCAAUUUGGAAGACUUGGAUAACUGGACAGCACUUAUAUCUGCAUCAAAAGAAGGGCACAUACAUGUGGUGGAAGAGCUGCUUAAGUGUGGGGUUAAUUUGGAGCACCGUGAUAUGGGUGGAUGGACAGCUCUCAUGUGGGCGUGCUAUAAAGGCCGCACUGAUGUAGUAGAGUUGCUUCUUUCUCAUGGUGCCAACCCAAGUGUCACGGGUCUGCAGUACAGUGUUUACCCAAUCAUUUGGGCAGCAGGAAGAGGCCAUGCAGAUAUAGUGCAUCUUCUGCUGCAAAAUGGGGCAAAAGUCAACUGCUCUGAUAAGUAUGGAACCACUCCUUUGAUUUGGGCUGCACGAAAGGGUCAUUUGGAAUGUGUAAAGCAUUUAUUGGCCAUGGGAGCUGAUGUUGAUCAAGAAGGAGCUAAUUCAAUGACUGCACUUAUUGUGGCAGUAAAAGGCGGUUACACACAGUCAGUAAAAGAAAUUUUGAAGAGAAAUCCAAAUGUGAAUUUAACUGAUAAGGACGGAAAUACAGCCUUGAUGAUUGCAUCCAAGGAAGGACACACGGAGAUUGUACAGGAUCUGCUGGACGCUGGGACUUACGUGAACAUACCUGAUAGGAGUGGGGACACUGUAUUGAUUGGUGCUGUCAGAGGUGGUCAUGUUGAAAUUGUUCGUGCACUCCUCCAGAAGUAUGCUGAUAUAGACAUUAGAGGACAGGACAAUAAAACUGCUUUGUACUGGGCGGUUGAGAAGGGGAAUGCAACGAUGGUGAGAGAUAUCCUGCAGUGCAAUCCUGACACUGAAAUAUGCACAAAGGAUGGUGAAACACCACUGAUAAAGGCCACCAAGAUGAGAAAUAUUGAAGUAGUAGAGCUGCUGCUGGAUAAAGGAGCUAAGGUGUCUGCAGCGGAUAAGAAGGGGGACACUCCCUUGCACAUUGCUAUCCGAGGAAGAAGUCGGAAACUGGCAGAGCUCCUUUUAAGAAAUCCAAAAGAUGGGCGUUUACUUUAUAGGCCCAACAAAGCAGGAGAGACUCCUUACAACAUUGACUGUAGCCAUCAGAAAAGCAUUUUAACACAGAUAUUUGGAGCCAGACACUUGUCUCCUACUGAAACAGACGGUGACAUGCUUGGUUAUGAUUUAUAUAGCAGUGCCCUGGCAGACAUUCUCAGUGAACCUACCAUGCAGCCACCCAUUUGUGUGGGCUUAUAUGCACAGUGGGGAAGUGGGAAAUCCUUUUUACUCAAGAAACUGGAAGAUGAAAUGAAGACAUUUGCAGGACAACAAAUUGAACCUCUUUUUCAGUUUUCUUGGCUUAUUGUAUUUCUCACCCUGUUACUUUGUGGAGGGCUUGGCUUACUGUUUGCUUUUACGGUUGACCUGAAUCUUGGCAUAGCUGUGUCAUUGAGCUUCCUGGCUCUCUUAUAUAUAUUCUUUGUUGUCAUUUACUUUGGUGGACGAAGGGAAGGAGAGAGUUGGAACUGGGCCUGGGUCCUCAGUACCAGAUUGGCCAGACAUAUUGGAUAUUUGGAGCUCCUCUUCAAGUUGAUGUUCGUGAACCCACCGGAAUUGCCAGAGCAAACGACAAAAGCUUUACCUGUGAGGUUUUUAUUUACAGACUACAAUAGGCUGUCCAGUGUAGGUGGAGAAACUUCCUUGGCUGAAAUGAUUGCAACCCUCUCAGAUGCUUGUGAGAGAGAGUUUGGCUUUUUAGCAACCAGGCUUUUUCGAGUAUUCAAGACUGAAGAUUCUCAGGGUAAAAAGAAGUGGAAAAAAACAUGUUGUCUCCCAUCUUUUAUCAUCUUCCUUUUUAUCUUGGGUUGCAUUAUUGCUGGAAUUACUCUCCUGGCUAUAUUCAGAGUUGACCCAAAACAUCUGACCGUCAAUGCUGUCCUCAUAGCAAUUGCAUCUAUAGUGGGGUUGGCUUUUGUGCUGAACUGUCGUACAUGGUGGCAAGUGUUGGACUCGCUCCUGAAUUCUCAAAGAAAACGCCUCCACAGUGCCGCCUCCAAACUGCACAAAUUGAAAAGUGAAGGAUUCAUGAAAGUUCUCAAGUGUGAAGUGGAGCUGAUGGCCAGGAUGGCAAAAACCAUUGAUAGCUUCACUCAGAAUCAGACCAGGCUGGUGGUUAUCAUUGAUGGGUUAGAUGCCUGUGAGCAGGACAAAGUCCUUCAGAUGCUGGACACGGUCAGAGUUCUGUUUUCAAAAGGUCCAUUUAUUGCCAUUUUUGCGAGUGAUCCACAUAUUAUCAUAAAGGCCAUUAACCAAAACCUUAAUAGUGUUCUUCGUGAUUCAAAUAUAAAUGGGCAUGACUAUAUGCGCAAUAUAGUUCAUUUGCCUGUUUUCCUCAAUAGUCGAGGACUCAGCAAUGCAAGGAAAUUUCUGGUAACGUCAGCAACAAAUGGGGACAUUUCUUGCUCAGAUGCUACAGGGAUACAGGAAGAUGCUGACCGAAGAGUUUCACAGAACAGCCUAGGUGGGGAGAUGACAAAACUUGGUAGCAAGACAGCCCUCAAUAGACGGGACACUUACCGCAGAAGGCAGAUGCAGAGGACAAUCACGCGGCAGAUGUCCUUUGAUCUCACAAAGCUGCUGGUUACUGAGGACUGGUUCAGUGACAUUAGCCCUCAGACCAUGAGAAGAUUACUCAAUAUUGUUUCUGUCACAGGGCGGUUACUGAGAGCCAAUCAGAUUACUUUCAACUGGGACAGGCUUGCCAGCUGGAUCAACCUUACUGAGCAGUGGCCAUAUCGGACUUCAUGGCUAAUAUUAUAUUUGGAAGAAACUGAAGGUGUCCCAGAUCAACUGACAUUAAAAACCAUCUAUGAAAGAAUAUCGAAGAAUAUUCCAACAACUAAAGAUGUUGAGCCACUGCUUGAAAUUGAUGGAGAUAUAAGAAAUUUUGAAGUUUUUUUGUCUUCGAGGACUCCGGUUCUUGUGGCUCGAGAUGUAAAGACCUUUUUGCCAUGCACUGUAAACCUAGAUCCCAAACUACGGGAGAUUAUUGCAGAUGUUCGUGCUGCAAGAGAGCAGAUGAACAUAGGAGGUCUUGCAUACCCUCCACUCCCCCUACAUGAAGCUCCUGCACGUCCGGCAUCGGGGUAUAGUCAGCCCCCAUCUGUCUGCUCUUCCUCAACAUCCUUCAAUGGGCCAUUCGCAGGUGGGGUUGUGUCACCUCAGCCACACAGCAGCUAUUACAGCGGCCUGACAGGCCCUCAGCAUCCCUUCUACAACAGGCCAUUCUUUGCCCCAUCCCUUUACACGCCAAGGUAUUACCCUGGCGGCUCCCAACAUCUCAUCUCACGCUCAUCAGUAAAACCGAGUUUGCCCAGAGAUCAGAACAAUGGCCUAGGAUCAGGCCCUGCCACAGGAACAGUGCUGUCACUGAAUGCAAUGACUGUGGACACUGUGUGUGAGAAGUUGAGGCAAAUAGAAGGGCUGGACCAGAGCAUGCUGCCUCAGUAUUGUGCAACGAUCAAAAAGGCAAACAUAAAUGGGCGUGUAUUAGCUCAGUGCAACAUUGAUGAGCUGAAGAAAGAGAUGAAUAUGAAUUUUGGAGACUGGCACCUUUUCAGAAGCACAGUUCUAGAAAUGAGAAAUGCAGAAAGCCAGGUGGUUCCUGAAGAUGCACGUUUUCUUAAUGAGAACACCAGCGCCACGGUUCCUCAUGGUGAAUCUGCUCGCCGGUCUUCACACAAUGAAUUGCCACACACCGAGCUCUCCAACCAAGCUCCCUACACACUAAACUUCAGUUUUGAAGAACUGAAUACCCUUGGCCUAGAUGAAGGUGCCCCACGCCACAGUAAUCUAAGUUGGCAGUCACAAACUCGCAGAACCCCAAGUCUUUCGAGUCUCAAUUCCCAGGAUUCCAGUAUUGAAAUAUCAAAGCUUACUGAUAAGGUGCAGGCUGAAUAUAGAGAUGCUUAUAGAGAAUAUAUUGCUCAGAUGUCUCAGUUAGAAGGGGGCACUGGGUCGGCGACAAUCAGUGGUAGAUCUUCUCCCCAUAGCACAUAUUACAUGGGUCAGAGCUCAUCAGGGGGCUCAAUUCACUCUAAUCUAGAGCAAGAGAAGGGGAAGGAGAGUGAGCCAAAACAAGAUGAUGGGAGGAAGUCGUUCUUAAUGAAAAGGGGGGAUGUGAUAGAUUAUUCCUCAUCUGGCGUUUCCACUAAUGAUGCCUCACCCCUGGACCCUAUUACUGAAGAAGAUGAAAAGUCUGACCAGUCAGGCAGUAAGCUGCUCCCAGGCAAGAAAUCCUCAGAAAGGUCCAGUCUUUUCCAGACAGAUCUGAAGCUUAAGGGAGGUGGAUUGCGCUAUCAAAAACUUCCAAGCGAUGAAGAUGAAUCAGGUACGGAAGAGUCAGACAAUACUCCACUGCUCAAAGAUGAUAAAGAUAAAAAAGCUGAAGGCAAAGCUGAGAGAGUGUCCAAGUCUCCAGAACAUACUGCUGAGCCUAUUAGGACAUUCAUUAAAGCAAAAGAGUACUUGUCAGAUGCUCUCCUUGACAAAAAGGAUUCAUCAGAUUCAGGAGUGAGAUCUAAUGAAAGUUCUCCCAAUCACUCUCUUCACAAUGAAGCCACUGAUGGUUCCCAGCUUGAAAAGGCAAAUCUCAUAGAGCUGGAAGAUGACACCCACACUGGGAAGCGGGGAAUGCCACACAGUCUGAGCGGCCUGCAUGAUCCAAUCAUAGCUCGCAUGUCCAUUUGCUCAGAAGACAAGAAGAGCCCUUCAGAAUGUAGCCUGAUAGCCAGCAGUCCUGAGGAGAGCUGGCCUGCGUGCCAGAAGACCUAUAAUCUGAACCGAACACCCAGUACUGUGACUCUGAACAACAACACUGCUCCAGCCACAAGACCCAAUCAACAUUUUGAUGAGAUGGAGGGAAUUAGAGAGUCUUCUCAGGUCAUGUUGAUGCCUGGGCCCACUCCAACUACUAUUCAGAAUGAAAAUCUAAAAAGCUUGACACAUAAGCGAAGCCUACGUUCGAGUUACACAAGGCUCUCGAAAGAUGCCUCUGAGCUCCAUGCAGUAGCCCCUUCUGAUAGUGCAGGCUUUGGAGAAGAAAGAGAAAGCAUUCUUUAAGGAAAACAAGUAGAAGUGGUAGAAUGUUAGGCCCUAUCACAAAAUUGUCCUGAAUUUUGAAUUCAUCCACUGCCUUCAGACAUUAGGAGUUUAUAAACCUCACUACCAUUAUUAUGCUUUUCAUUGGCACAUAACUCCAUAAAAUUGUUGAGACAUCAUCUAAGUAUAAAGAUAAAUCAGAAAGGGCUGGUUUGUUAAGUAUAAAGGGCUUAACUUGCAAAAGAAAAAACCUAAGGAUCCCCUUUGUAGAACAAUUAUUGAACACACACCUGGGGGAGAUGAUGCAAAUUCAUUCAUAAGGUAUUUAGAUAAGAAUUUACAGGUUUUAGGCAUGGAGUUGUGGUACCUGCUUAGCAAGGUGAGACCAAACCACAUUUACCGCCCCCCCUCCCCCCCCCCCCCGCAAAAAAAAAAAAGAACAACAAAAGGAAUUUUUAUGUGUUUGGAGUAGCCAGAAGACUUAAGGGUGAAUUAAUUGUAAAUUGACAACCAAUAUUCUAUAUAAUAUACAAAUUGAUGACUAAAAAGAUUUUAAGUAGAAAAUAUUUACUGAAGAGGGCUUUAAAAAAGUCAGCAACACCCAGAGUAAUUUAGCCGUUUAGCUGGGCUGGCCGUACCAUUAGUAUGAUUCAUUCGGUAACUCUUAAGUUGUGCGCCCAGCUUUUCUAAGGGAGCUUAGCAAGAGUCGGGGAUGGGAUUUUUUCUUUCUUUCUUUUUUUUUUGGUGGUACUCUGAAGGAUGUUUAGGACCAUCUAAAUGCUAGACUGAGCUGUAUCCCCAGACCCAAGCAUGAACUCUUCCUCUGCAGAAUCAAGGAGAUAUGGGCAAUAAUUUGUGGAAUGAUGUAUGAAGAAACUUUUACAUAAGAACAUUAGUGACAAAGACAAGGAAAUGUUUAAUUGGGUAGAACUAAAUCAUUGUCUUCUAUAUCAGGGCAGAGUGUGCCAGCUGCAUUUGUCCCCUAAAUCAGCAUGUUAAUUGUGAGGAAGGAUUAUUAAAAGAGGAAGUACAUUUUUUGAACAUUGAAAAGCAUGAAACAGUGUGAGUAAAAACAAGAUAUAACUGGUGUGACCGUGAAACCCUAUUCUUUGCAAUUAUUGUUCACAGACAUUAAGAGAAUGAUCGCAUUUCGGUAUUAUGUAGGCUAGAGAGGUCCCUGCCAUCAUGCAUGAAAAUUGUUCGUCACUUUCACAUAGCUUAUUAUGUAGAAUUAGUUCUAGCAGUAUAUCUUAUCACAGGUGGGGCUGCAGGUGGUGAGGUCACAGCUGUGUGAUUACCUAGACAGAACCAUGUGUGUGUGUGUGUGUGUGUGUGUGUGUGUGUGUGUGUGUGUGCGCUGCUCACCCACUUGACCAGGCCUUGUGCUGAGAGUUGUUCUUCUGUGUUUCACUGCCUUGACGUUUGAGUACAAUGGAGCAUUUUAUAGUUUACUUUGCAUGACCUUUCACAAAUGUUUUAGCAUUAACAAAGGCAAGGUGUUACUGACAUUUAUAAAUUGUAGUGUUAACAUUUUAAUAUUUAUGAUAUUUAUUAGUUUGCAAUGUGCUGUAAUAUUUCAGAGUCAGUGUUUUCCUUUUCAGGUGAGUAGUUGCAGCUUCUUCCUCAUUGGAGGAUACAUUCUCAUGCUGUUUGUGAAAUUAAUACUGGAGUACUAAAUGUACAAGUAGAUUUAGAAAACAAUAAAAAGUUGCAUGUCAUUCUGA